UUUCUUAGCUCGUGGGUAUUGUUGUAUCAGAGGCGAUCAGAAAUAUAUGAAGAAAAAGAACAAUAGUUGGAAGGACAAAAGAGUGAGACAAGGGGGCAGGUCAUUUUGCAUUGGAAACCUAUGCUCUUUUCAAAAGGUGUUGUUCUCCACUCGUGCAUGUUCAAAUCGGAGGAGUAUAUAGAGCCGUAGGUCGGCCGGACUUUUAGUUUCGCAGCAAACGGCACUAUCAAACAGAAGGCAUGAUUUUGAGACCGAGUUCAAGCUGUGCUGCUUUUUCUAUUCAUGUCUUCUUGCAAUGCAUGUGGAUGAAGGUGGCUGUGGCAUCAGGACACUUCGAAUUGCAAAUUGUGUCGAUGCAGAACGUGAAUGGCGAACUGCAGACUGGCGUGUGCUGCGAUGGAUCUCGGAAUGCCGCAGAUCGCAAAUGCACGAGGGACGAGUGUGAUACCUAUUUUAAAGUGUGUCUAAAGGAGUACCAGUUGAAGGUCUCUUCGGCGGGCCCAUGCAGUUUCGGGACGGCUUCAACACCCGUGGUCGGAGGGAAUACUUUUUCUUUGCGGAACGUGAGGAGUGAGAAGUCGAGGAAUGACAAGUCGAGGAUUGUGUUACCUUUCAGCUUCGCUUGGCCGAGGUCCUAUACGUUGAUCGUGGAGGCCUUGGACUUCAACAACGACUCUUCUACGGGCAGCGUGGGAGGCGAGAGGAUCGAGAAGGCUGUUCAGUCGGGCAUGAUCAACCCCAGCCGCCAGUGGCAGAGCCUGAAGCACAACGGGCCGGUGGGCCAGUUCGAGUACCAGAUCCGGGUCAGCUGCGACGAGCACUACUAUGGUUUCGGCUGCAACAAGUUCUGCCGUCCGCGCAACGACUUUUUUGGCCACUACAACUGCGACCACAAUGGCAACAAGACCUGCCUCGAAGGGUGGUCUGGACCAGAAUGCAGCACUGCUAUUUGCAGGCAAGGCUGCAGCACUGAACAUGGUUCCUGUAAAUUGCCCGGCGAUUGCAAGUGUCUGUACGGCUGGCAGGGCGAGUACUGUGAUAAGUGCAUCCCUCACCCGGGCUGUGUGCACGGAAGCUGCGUGGAACCGUGGCAGUGCCUCUGUGACACAAACUUUGGCGGCCAGCUCUGCGACAAAGACCUGAACACAUGUGGUACGUUCCAGCCCUGUCUGAACAUGGGGACCUGCAGCAACACUGGACCUGACAAGUACCACUGUGCCUGUCCUGACGGCUACUCUGGUGUCAACUGCGAGAAAGCGGAGCAUGCCUGUCUUUCAGAGCCCUGUUUUAACAGAGGGAGCUGUGUGGAGACCAGUCAGGGCUUCGAGUGCCAGUGUGCCCCUGGCUGGAGUGGCCCCUACUGCAGCAUCAAUGUGGACGAGUGUCUCCCCAACCCCUGUGGCCACGGGGGCACCUGCCAGGACCAGGUCAACGGCUUCAAGUGCACCUGUCCCUUCCAGUGGAGCGGCAAGACCUGCCUCAUCGACGCCAAUGAGUGCGAAGGCGACCCCUGUCUGAAUGCCAACUCCUGCCGCAACCUGAUUGGAGGGUACUUCUGCGAGUGCCUCCCUGGUUGGAUGGGCCAGAACUGCGACACAAAUAUUAAUGACUGCCAGGACCAGUGUCAAAAUGGGGGAACCUGCAAGGACAUGGUGAACGGGUACCGCUGCGUUUGUCCGUCGGGCUUCAGCGGCGAGCACUGCGAGAAGGACGUAGAUGAGUGUGCCAGUGGCCCAUGCCUGAACGGCGGCCGUUGCAAGGACGACGUCAACGGCUUCCAGUGCCUGUGCCUGCCCGGUUUCUCUGGCAACUUCUGUCAGCUGGAUAUCGACUACUGCAUGCCGAACCCAUGUCAAAACGGGGCCCAGUGUUUCAACCUGGCUACCGACUACUUCUGCAAAUGUCCCGAAGACUACGAGGGCAAGAACUGUUCCCAUUUGAAGGACCACUGUCGUACCACACCCUGCAAAGUGAUUGACAGCUGCACGGUUUCCGUGGCAUCCAACAGCACCCCUGGGGGCACGCGUCUGAUUUCGUCCAAUGUGUGCGGGCCCCACGGGCGCUGCCGGAGCCAGGCUGGGGGCCAGUUCAGCUGCGAGUGCCAGGAGGGCUUCACUGGGACAUACUGCCAUGAGAAUAUAAAUGACUGUGAAAGCGGCCCGUGUCAGAACGGGGGAACGUGUAUUGACAAAGUCAGCCUGUACCAGUGCAUCUGUGCCGAGGGUUGGGAGGGACCCAACUGCGACAACAACAUUGACGACUGCAACACCAACCCCUGUCGCAACCGCGGCACGUGCCGGGACCUGGUGAACGACUUCUUCUGUGAGUGUAAGAACGGAUGGAAGGGCAAGACAUGUCACUCAAGGGAGAGCCAGUGUGACGAGGCUACAUGCAACAAUGGCGGGACGUGCUACGAUGAAGGGGACACCUUCAAAUGCAUGUGUGCCGCCGGAUGGGAGGGUGCCACCUGUAAUAUAGCUAAGAACAGCAGCUGUCUGCCUAGCCCUUGUGAGAACGGAGGCACCUGUGUGGUCAGUGGAGACUCUUUCACCUGUGUCUGCAAAGAUGGCUGGGAGGGCCUGACCUGCAACCAAAAUUCCAACGACUGCAAUCCCCACCCUUGCUAUAACAGUGGAACCUGUGUGGACGGCGAUAACUGGUACCGGUGUGAGUGUGCCGCAGGAUUCGCAGGACCAGACUGCAGGAUUAACAUCAACGAGUGCCAGUCGUCGCCUUGCGCAUUCGGCUCUACCUGCGUAGACGAGAUCAACGGCUACCGCUGCCUGUGUCCGCCAGGGAGGGCCGGCCCCAGAUGCCAAGAAGUUACUGGGAGACCCUGUGUUGUCAACGGUCUGGUGGCCGUGGACGGGGCCAAAUGGGACGACGAUUGCAACACCUGCCAGUGCCACAAUGGGAAGGUCACCUGUACAAUGAUCUGGUGCGGUCCCAAAUCCUGCCGGGUCCACAGUAAAAGCCCCAGCGGUGGCGAGUGCCCGGUCGGUCAGAUGUGUGUGCCCGUCCGGGACGAGUUCUGUUUUGUCAAGCCAUGCCCCAGCCAGGGCGAGUGCUGGUCGGCCUCCCACAGUCCCAAGCCCCACGCAAAGUGCCACCCCGAGAGCAACUGUGCCAACGUCACUUUCACCUUCAACAAGGACACCAUGCCACAGGGCUUGACUGUUGAGAACAUCUGCAGCAAGCUGAGGAGUCUGUAUGUGGUGAGGAACCUCUCGUCGGAGUACUCGGUGUCCAUGACAUGCGAGCCAUCGGCCACAGCCAACAACGAGAUCCAUGUAGCCAUUUCGACGGAGGACCCCAGAAGAGGCAAGGCCCCUAUCAAGGAGAUCACGGACAAGUUCAUAGACCUGGUCAGCAAGCGAAACGGCAACGGCACCAUCAUCACAGCCAUCAUCGAGGUCCGCGUCCAGAGGAGGCAGAGCCACAACCCCAAUGCAGACUACCUGGUCCCCCUGCUGGUGUCUGUAGUCAUCGUCAUCUGGCUCCUGGCUGUGGCCUCUGCGUUUAUCUGGUGCCUCAAGCGGCGAAAGCCCAGCACCCACACGGGUGUCAACACCCAGUUGUCGUCCCCGGCGACGACCGCCGAAGACACCAACAACGCAGUCAACAACGUGCGCGAGCAGCUCAACCAGAUCAAGAACCCCAUCGAUAAACACGGUCUGACCAAUGGCCUACCCCCAGUUAAAGAACACCCCAGCCACCACCACUAUCACUACGAGGACAAGAACUCUCUUAUCAACGGCAAAAUUAGAACAAACAACUCCGACGUGGGUAGCCACCAUUCGGAUGACGAGGAGUCUGAGAAGAGGUUUCAGAAGGCUAGGUUCCCAAGGCAGACGCCAUAUACGCUAGUGGACCGGGAGGAGCGGAGCCCACAGCCGCUCAGCACGGCCGGCAAACACCCCAACUGGAUUAACAAACAGGACAACAGAGACUUGGAGUCGGCACAGAGCUUAAACCGAAUGGAAUUCAUUGUAUAGCGCACAGCUUGGUGACCUUGGCCUGACCACUUCAACUGGUUUCUCAUCGUUGGAAGGUCAACUGAGGGGCGCUCCACAAAGUUGUUGAUACUGUUGUCAUAUUUUUGAAUCAAAAAGUUGUGAUUUACCCUUCACAAAGAAGACAAAUUUCCAUAUGUUUAAUUUAUGUUUCGACAAGCUGGCUCACACUGGCAAUAACGGUUGACUGUGGUUUGGCUGGAUUUCCGGGUGCUUGCGUUUGCGUUUUUUUUAUUUUUUAAACCAGUUAACUUCAAGGUGGCACUUCUGUAAAUGUACGUGUAAGAACAUCUCUAUGUUGUUCGGUAAGCUGCUGUCGAAGGCUUUUUACAGGCUUUUACCCAGUAGUCAUACGAAGUGUACAAUUUAAUAUUAAUGUGGGUUUAGCCUCGUAACGGGUUUUGUAUUUGUACGCGCUUCCGCAUCACCAUACCACAGCAACUAUCAAAACGUUAUUUAUUUUUGUUUCAAGCAGGUUGAGUCUGUCAGCAGUUGCUGCCGAUAUGAAGAAUUUGUGUCAAAUGUAGAAUGAUGUAUAGGUCUGUAAAUAUUUUUUUUUUAUUAAUCAUUGUGUAUAUUUGAUUUAUUAACUUAAUAAUCAAGAGCCUUAAUAUCAUUCCUUUUAUUUAUAUGCAUUGUUUAGAUUUGAAGUUUUGACAGCUUUGUAAGCUUACAACUUCCUUAUUUUUGAAAAUAUUGUUUCAAUAUAUACAGUCAGGUCCAAUAUAUAUACAGACAUUGACCAUUUUUGUUGUUGUUUUGGCUCUGUACUACAGUAAUUUGGAUUUGAAAUUAUACCAUGACUGAGGUUAAAGUGCAGACGGUCAACUUUACUUUGAGGGUAUUUUCGUACAUAUCGUAUGAACUCUUUUUGUUUUUAAAUGACCUUUUUUCUGCGUGAUCUACCCAUUUCAAGGAACCAAAAGCAUUUGGACAAAUUCACUGAUGUGUGUUAUUAAGUUGAGUAUUUAGUCCCAUAUUCCUAGCACGCAAUGACUACAUCACGCUUGUGACUCUACGAACUUGUUGGAUGCCGAUUCUGUUUGUUGUUUCAGAUGAUUUGCUGCCCAAUUGAAUGGUAAAUAAUGUACCAUGUGUAUGACGCGUGCAAUGCCAGGGUUGUGGUUUCGGUUAACUAAACGUCAAUGUCAUUUGAGUCACUUAUUGUAAAUAUGGAUAGGAUGUUUCUGAACACUUAUACAUUCAUGUGGACGCUACCAUGAUUACAUACAAAUCGUGAAUAAUGAUGAGUGAGAAAGUUGGAGGCACAAAGAUCAUACCCCAAGACAUGCUAACCUCUCACCAUUCUCAAUAACGUGAGAAUAGCGUAUUUUGUGGCGGGUGUGAGAUGUGCCUCAACUUUCUCACUCAUAAUUUAUCAUUAUUCAUGAUUUUCUGUUGUCAUGGUAGCAUCCACACGAAUCAAUGAAAAAUAGCCUCAAAUUAAAGCCGACUGUCAACAAUUUAACUUCAGUCAUUGUAUCAUUUCAAAUCUAAAGUGCUAGAGUACAGAACCAAAACAACAAAAUGUUUCACUGUCCAAAUACUUUUGAACCUCACUUUGUUUCAUAAAUGCCAAAAGUGUUCUUGAAAGAAUAGUUUAUUUUUGAACAAUUAGAUGGGCAUUUUUGUCCACACCAAAAAAACAAACAAACAAACAAAAAAUGUACGAUGUCUGUUUGAAACCAUUUCUAUGGUAUAUUUGCCAGGACUCUUUUGUAAGUACUUAAAUGUAAAUGGGAUGGCAGGGGAAAGGACAAAAUAACAUGGAGGGUCAUUUGAAACAACGCAAUGUGGCAGACACAUUGCUUGCCAAUUAAAUACUUUUAAGGGAACUUUUUUUUUUUUUGGUAGCCUGAUGUUUGAAUGUACAGCAUAACAAGUGUCAAGAACAGGAAAAAAUAUCCUUGGAUCCUUUGUAAAACAAAAAAAAACUUUCGAUGUAUGUGAUUACUUUGCAUAUAUGGUAAUGAACUCUAAUAAAUGGUGGAAUUCGUUUUGCGUGGCCCGGUGCCCCAGGUGGGUGGAGAUUUCACUUAAGGACCAAUGGAAUGGUCUUCAAUGAGUAAACUCGGGUCACCGGGCCAUGCAAAACAAACUCGGCCAUUGAGAUACUUGAAGAGAGGAGAUCCAAUAUGAACACUGUAGAACUGUCAUGUGACACAUAGCCUUUCUGGAUUGGACGGAGACCACAAGGCUGUAAACAUCUUUAUUUAUUUUUUUGUUUGCCCUGAAAAUCAUGAUUUAAGAGAAAGUAUGUGUACAUUUCACUUUAGUGUGUAAAGAACUUGAGAAUUAAAGUAUUUUUUGGGGG